AUGCUUCUUCUAGCAUCAGCAGUUGGCACACCAGAUUUCUUGGCUCUCGGGCCAAUUGUGAGCAUGGACAACUUGCUGCUAUUUUCACUUCUCUUGGAGAUCUUUCGAACAUUUCUUCCUCGAGCUAGCCAGACUUAUCGUGUUUUGCAUUUCAUUGUGACUGGACUUGGUACUGCGAAAUAUACUACCUUCUCACAUUGCGAUGAACACAAUUCUAUGAAAGUCAGAACGCCGAAUAUGCCUUUUAUGCAAAUUUGGAUUACAGGUCUUAAAGUAGUAAGUUCAUGUAAAAGGGAGAUGGUAUAUCGGUAUUUGACAAUUCUACCGUAUCGCUCGACUAACGUUAGAGAGAAAAAGCCGAUGACGAACUUUGCAUGUAUCUUGACUUUGGUUAUAAUAUUUCAAGUUAAGCUGACUUUGGUUCAAGUUCUGAGCUUCUUCGUCUUCCAGAACCGCAGUUGGGGCAUAGGUUUAUAUGAUUUUUAUUCAAUGAUUUUUUCUAAAUAUUUUUUACGGAUAUCGUAUAUUUUUCCGCUUUUACUUAUAUGUACAAGCGCAUGCAGACGUUGA